GGCAAGCGGAUUGAUUGGUCAUUACUUCAUGAGGUAAAUACGUGUGUAUUCCUAGAUAAUACUAACACAUAACUUUUUGAUUGCAUAGAUGUUGAACUGAAUGAAACAAUGCCAAUUCCACUACAAGAAAUUGAAGGCACUAAUUUCGUUAUUUACAGAAAGAAGAUGAAAUGGGGAAAGGCAUAUGAAUACUGUCACGUUUGUGUCGGGUAUUUUGCUACCUUUCACACCGUGGAGAUUGCUAAUAUGGUUCGCAAUAAGAUUUACGAUAUAAGCACGUUCUCUGAAGAGUAUGAUGAUGCAAAAGUCAGGGAAGAGUUUGGCCUGGAUAGACGCUACUGGUUUGGUCUUCGAGAUCAAGUCCCCACAGAAAAUGAAUGGCAGUGGGUGAGCAGCCCCAGCUCGGAAGGAGUUCCCGGCAAGAACUCAUGAGCUAUCCAUGGUACCCGAACCAACCAGAUCAUAACGACACGAGCCACGGUAACAAUAAUGAACAUUGCGCUGGGUUGUGGAAUCCAGGCUACUAUUACGACACGUUCAAGAAAGAUCCAUCUAACAAAGAAGCCAAACAAUCCAAACAUUCGUUCAACGACUUUCCCUGUGACGCUUUGCAUUAUUUCAUUUGCGAGAAAACCGACCCACCGCCCUUAUCGCUACAACAUUGCAAGGACCUCCAAACUAAUCCCAGCGUUAGUGAAACCGAAGACUCUGCGGACACCACGACAAGUGAUCCAACGAAAGAUUCGACUUCAGUAGAAGAAAAUACCUCCAAAGAGACGCAUGCUUCUGAAAAAAGACACGCCACUCCGGACCGUAGUGUGACUUUGAUAACAAUAAGAAAAAAUAAAAAGAGUAGUCGGAGGGAGUGACAAACAAUACCAAAGUUCUUUAACCUAUUGAUCAUAUUAAAUUGUUAGGUUGUUUUGUAAGCAAUUUCUGUCCGCACAUUGUGCAAUUCAUGUAUGUACAUAAAUAAAGUCAAUACUAUGAGCGUUCCCCCGCAUCGAGCUUGGUGGAAACUCGUUAUUAAACUUAUUUUAAUUUGUCAAUGUGUCAACCACAUUUCGUGUACCGGUUUGACAAAUCACGACCAUGAUCGUAAAGUUCCUAUCGCCUACAAGGAGCUAACAGGAUCCAGUUUUAUAAUUUAUAGAAAGCGGAUGAGCUGGGAAAAUGCACUAGUAUUUUGUUCAAAAUGCGUCGGGAAUUUUGCAACGUUCGAUUCUGUCGAAAUUGCAAAUAAAUUGAUUGACCUGAUUUAUAACAUUAGCCAUUUUUCUGAAGAGUUUGAUUAUGGUGAGAAACUUGACGAGUAUGGGUUAAACCGACGAUAUUGGUUCGGACUCCACGACCAAAAACUGAAGGAAGGGGUGUGGAAAUGGGUGAAGAGCACGAGGGUGAAACCACAGCCCGUUGAUAACGUUGACACAUAUCCUUGGUACACUAAUCAGCCUGAUCAUCACGAAGAAGAUGCAAAGCAUAAGGCAGAACAUUGCGUUGGGCUUUGGAACCCGGUUUACCACUUGGACUCAAAACCUGGCCGAUUAGAAAAGCAUACGUUCAAUGAUAUGGACUGUGAUGGACAUUACUAUUUCAUUUGUGAGAAAACUGAUCCGCCACCGUACGCUGGAAAUGAACCAGAAUUCUGUAAAACACCAUCGUCUCAUGGAAAAUAAUAAAAGUCUCGUGUCAAGACAAUUUCAUAAAUAUUACAGUUGUCAAUUCAAUAGUAAACUAUGUAUAAUGGUGCUUAAAGUAGGUUAACAACAGUUAUAUUUCAUGUUAUUUUUUUUUAUUAUACACAAAAGUACUUAACUAUCCUCCUUUGUUCACAGCGAAAUGUACUUCAAAUAAUACCGGCCUCACAACAAACCGUACUUUUUUCCUAAUUUCUAUAAAGGUUUUGUUAAUAACACGAAAAUUGUUUUGCCAUAUUUUAUUGAAGGAUUCGAGUUUCUGUAUCUUAUUAAUAGCAGUGAUGCUGUUAUUCAGUGUUGCUUCUAGAGUAUCAAUUCGUCCAGAUGCUUUCGAAAUUGCCUUUGUAUUUGUUUCGACUAGGUCAUUGAUAAGAGAAAUAUUGGCUGCUAGGGCUUCAAUCUGAUUGGCGAGGCAGCUGCAAUUUUGUUCAAUUUGGACUUGUAGUGAUUCCAAUUGACAAUUCAAUUGAUCAAUUGAGUUACGAUUGCUGACUGCAAGGGAAAAAAGUGCGAAGCUUUAAGUAAAUCCAUAGUAGACAAAGACAAAUGCAGCCAAAUCUUACAUACCCGCAGUUUUGUUGACGGAUGUGAUUCGUGCGUUUACAGCAUUGCUAUCAGUUUGACCUUUGACUGUAGACACCAGUAGGACAACCUGGAGUGUAAGUAAUAGUAUUGUUGAGAUCAAGCUCCAAGAAAAAAAGUUUAGGUGUGCCAUUUCAGAAAAAUUUUGGUUAAAAAUAUGCAAUGUUAAAGUUUUGCUGUGGUUUUAUUACAUAGAUUGCAUGUCAUUCGUAAAACAAAGCGUUUGUGGUUGACCAUGCGUUUCAAAUGAAACCAUUGAUACGAUAUGAAUAAUAAAACAAACUAUGACUAAUUAUUAUCUGCUUAAACAAUGUACGAUUUAAGCCACGUGGUGGAAUACUAUACAACAAAAGAACAAGUGUUUGUGAUCACCUAAAUUUGAUCUAUUGUACCAAUAAUACGUAGAGAUACAUAAUAAACACAUCCUAUUAUUUUCAAUUAAA